UUUUUUAAUAAAUGUGAGUGUAACAUCGACUGGAAUGACUUGGCAGAGAUUAUGCAGAAAACCGUGCCCUGUGAACGUUCUGUUUCCAGCUCCCCGCACGAAGAUGUUCUUGUCACGUUUCUUGUUGAUGUGGAGCUGCAGUCGAUGGGCGGGCCGUCAGCACGUACACAGCUCCCAAUCGGUAUCCAGCGAAUCAAAUCCGACCCUGAUAUGGACAUCACCUCACUAUUCAACAAUCGUUUUGCUUAUGAUCAAGAAGCUUACGAGAUGGGCUAUACCGCUGAUCGCGUAGCGUCUGUGGAGCAGUUAGCAUCAGCAUUACGACGAUACCUGUUCGCUGCUGUGCACUGGAUCGAGGCACUCUUCUCACUAGCCCAAAUCGAUAGUGUGCCGGAAAAAGUCGCUGUUCUUAAAGGUGUCUUUGCCCCUUACACGAUCCUCUGUCAAGCGGCGCGAACUGCUCAGAUGUCCCGAGACGUAGAUGUGAUCUGCUUAUGUAACCGUACCACGAUUACGAGGCAACCUCCACGACAUCUUCUCGAGACGAACCUCCUCGCCAAUAAUCUGGUGCCUCGAAUCCUCGACGACCUGGUUGCGCCUAUGCGAAAGUUAUCCCUAAGUGAGGCUGAGAUCGUAGUAUUGUCCGCCUUGGUAAUUUUGGAUCCAGAUUCGCCUGGAUUGUCGGAAUCAUCAUCGCUCUCUCUCGGUCAACUUCGCGAUCGUGUGCAGAACGCAUUAUUCCAGCUGAUUCGAGAAAACUCGUCUGUGCUUCACAACAAAUUGAGUUCUCUUGUUGGAGAGAAUGUACAGUUUGCUCGUAUGUUCGGUGGAUCACUCGAUCCACUUCUUGUGGAAUUAUUCGCUGACAACACCUCUGAGGUCAUUCCAUCACCAUCCACAAGGGAGAAAGCAGACGUGUCCACUCAAACAUACCCAUCCACCUCACCAGCCUUGCCUUCCGAUCUCGUAGAAGUACACGAUGAAAUUCCAACAUGUACGGAGCCUACUCGCCCGGCUCCUGUGCUACCAACCGGUGGGAACUUAUUUGAGUAG